AUCCUUAAAAACACACUCCUUUUGUUCACUCCCCGCAAGUUUCUUUCCGUGAAAUCCCUAUUGAGAGCGCAACAACAACACACACCAUCAACAAGGACGAAGACUUGCUUCAAGUUGGUAGGAGAAUUGCCAUUUGUGGACAAAGAGGAUACCCAAAAUCUACACAAAACAAUAAAGACAGUUAUGGCUGUUCAAUACAAGUUCCCUGACAAAGUUUGCAUAUCAUCUGAAGACAGUAAAAAUCUGAUAUCCCGCAUUUUUGUGGCAAAUCCAGCAAUGAGAAUCACCCUAAAGGAAAUCAAGUCACAUCCAUGGUUUUUAAAGAACUUGCCUAAGGAAUUGAGAGAAGGGGCUCAAGAUGUUUAGUACAGUGAGGAAAAUACAAAAUAUCCUCUUCAAAGUAUAGAAGAGAUCAUGAACAUUGUCAACAAGGCCAAAACUACACCUGCAGCUUCCAGUCCAAAUCUACAAGAGAGAUUGAUUAGGGAAUUAAAGAAAAGAUAAUGUUGAGGUAGAUGAAAUCAUUUGCGGGUACCUUGCUUUUAUACUUUUUCUCUGUAUUUAUUUCUGCAUUCUUUUGGGCCGAGAAGGUCCUCUGGAUUUAUUUCUGCAUUCUUUAAUUAUUUUUUAAUCAAUUUUGCUUUUAUCUUA